CCGGCGGUCCUACAGCGCUAUGCUUCCUCUUUCCUCUGUAGCCUCCUCCGGCUCUGUGGGACGGUGGCCGAGGCGGCUGGCGGGUGUGAAAGGAGUGGCGGAACGUUCCUCCUCCUUGCUGUCCCGCGAGCUGCGGUGGGAAGGGCUUCCUGGGGACCCCGGUGCAGAGGCAGGGUUUCCGCGCUCCCGCUCCCUCCACUAGUAAGCGGGCGGGGCUGGAGAACCGGGUGGCUGGGACGCCUGGGGGAUCUUGUGAGGAGUAGGGCUCGCCCGCCACCUCCUGGUCCGUGGAAGGCAAGGUUGGUGGCACGGGGUGGCUCAGAACGGGCCCUGUGCGGUACGUAACCAGUGUGUCCCGACGAAGCCUGUCCCGGGUGUGAAUUGAGUAUUUUCACUGUUGCACCUUUUCGCGUGUCACUGCCCAGUAAUCCCCCAGGGUGUAGAGCCAGCGAUUGGCAGCGGCGGAUCCAGUGGGGCUCGGCGUGGCGGCGGCCCAGGUCCCAGGCCGCCCACUGGUGCGGUCUGUUGCGCGGCCUCAGGUGUUGGCCCCAGGAGCGUCCCUCGGGGCCCAACGCGCGCUGGACCAUGCCGCUCCUCACGCAGCACAUCCAAGACGAGAAUAACCAGUACAGCUUAGUGGCCAGCCUCGACAACGUUAGAAACCUGUCCACGAUCUUGAAAGCAAUUCAUUUCCGAGAACAUGCCACGUGCUUUGCUACUAAAAAUGGAAUCAAGGUUACAGUGGAAAAUGCAAAGUGUGUGCAAGCAAAUGCCUUUAUUCAGGCUGGAAUAUUUCAGGAGUUUACAGUUCAGGAAGAGUCUGUUACUUUUCGGAUUAAUUUGACUGUCCUGUUAGACUGUCUAUCUAUCUUUGGAUCAAAUCCUAUGCCAGGGACUUUAACUGCACUUCGGAUGUGUUACCAAGGUUAUGGCCACCCUUUGAUGCUAUUUCUGGAAGAAGGAGGAGUGGUGACAGUCUGCAAAAUCAAUACUCAGGAGCCUGAUGAGACUCUGGAUUUUGAUUUCUGCAGCACCAAUGUUAUUAAUAAGGUUAUCCUGCAGUCAGAGGGGCUCCGGGAAGCAUUUUCUGAAUUGGAUAUGACGAGUGAGGUCCUGCAGAUCACCAUGUCUCCUGAAAAGCCGUAUUUCAGAUUAUCUACUUUUGGAAAUGCAGGAAGUUCCCACCUUGACUAUCCCAAAGAUUCUGAUUUGAUGGAAGCAUUUCAUUGUAAUCAGACCCAAGUCAACAGAUACAAGAUUUCUUUACUGAAACCCUCUACAAAGGCAUUAGUCUUAUCUUGUAAGGUAUCUAUUCGGACAGAUAAUCGAGGAUUUCUCUCACUACAGUAUAUGAUUAGAAAUGAAGAUGGACAAAUAUGUUUUGUGGAAUAUUACUGCUGCCCUGAUAUAGAAGUUCCUGAAGCAGGGUCUUGAGUUGGAGAGUUCACUAUGAUACUUCUGUGUGCAUUUAUGAUUGCUUGUGUUCUAAUUCUGACUGCAGUAUUCUUCAUGAGUUCUGGUGGAUUAUUUGUAAAGAAUCAGCAUGGAGGAAAUAGGAGCAAGUCCCCCAUAAGUUAACAAUUCCUGUGCAUUUUGUAAAUAAAUAUUUUCACGUAGUCAUA